GUUAAAAGGCGCAGCAGCACCCACCCCUCCCCACCCUCUUCCUUCUGCAAAGACUGGCGGGCUGAGCGCGGCAGCACAUAACAUUACAAGGCGCUGCGUAAAGACAAACGCCGUCUGAUUGGAAUGAGCUGUUACUGGAAUACCCGCCACAGGCUCGGGACGCUGAACACGUGAGAAGAAAAGGACUGGGCCUUCAGUCGAACAUCAUUUCUGCGGAGAUAAAACUUUUUUUAAAAAACUGUUGAUCCUGGAGAACACUCCCAUUUCAUACCGCGCAUAUCUGUAUCAGCGAGUUUGCAGGGGCGUGAAAAAGCCUACAGAAGGCAAUUACGAGAAUAGAAGAAUAGCAAGCGUCCAGAGAGCAAGGGGCGAGGAGGAGUAGAGGAUGGACGCCCUGGUUCCUAUGUUGAAGAGUCACCCAGGCUCUUCAGUGCUGGUGUUCUCUCUGAUUUUCAGGGUGAUCCACAGGUUGCUGCAAAGGCUGCCUGUGCCCAAAGUAGUGGAGCGGGAUGGCCACACCUGGAAGUGGAGGAACCUAUCCGUCUCAAUGGUGCAUUCCCUGGUCACGGGGACAUGGGCCUUGACUUGUGUGGUGGUUUGGCCCGAGACGUUGAUCAACCUUCACUCUUAUUACACUCCUCUGUCCUACCUGCUCGUCUGCGUCUCAACAGGAUACUUUGUGCAGGAUGCAGGGGAUAUUAUCCUCACCGGACAUGCAAGAGCAUCAUGGGAAUUCUUAAUCCAUCAUGUGCUGGUGAUCUCGUGUUUCCUGUACAGCCUCUACACUGAGCUGUAUGUAGGCGGCGCUGUAGUCGCUCUCUUUGUGGAGGUCAACAGUGUCACCCUGCAUCUGAGGCUGUUGCUGAAGCUGGCGGGCGUUCAGUCCUCCCGCCUGUACCAUAUCAACAAAUUAAUCAACAUCAUCACCUACGUCACGUUUCGUCUGUUCACCCAGUUCUACCUCACCUGGUACAUCGUCCAAAACUACACCUGGCUUGACAAUGGUUUUUUCUUCCUCAUCGCCAUAAUGAUGAUGAAUAUUAUGAUCGGGAUUUAUUUCUACCGCCUGCUCCGUGCUGACUUCCUCCCCCGGCGUAAGACAUCUGUGGGACAGAACGGGAUGCAUAACAGCAAAAAGUUUCUCACUGAUUGACUGGGGGACGUUUGUGGACUUACAUUGUGUUUUAUUUAAAGUGGGAGUUUACACAAUUUGCCUUUCUUCAAACUGACACCAUAAUUCCUCAUGUGUCACACUUCCAAAGACCCCCCCCCCCCCCCCCCCCCCCCCCCCACUUCGGUUUUUGCAGUUAAACAAACAAUAUACAACGUGUUGGUCAAUGAGCUUUAGAGGUAGCUGGUAUGUAGAUGUUCUUGACUUAGACAGCCAGGCUAACUUGUUCUCCCUCUUUUCCAGUCUUUCUAAGCUGAGCUAAAUAGCUGCUGGCUGUGUCUUUAGUGUACAGAUACAAGUGUGGCAUCAAUCUUCUUGUCUAUGAUGCCAUGUGCGGCUGAAGAGAUGCAGGGCUGUGACUGUACUAGACUCCACUGGUAACACAGGAACAUUUUAUGUACCUCUUAUAUGAAAUCUGUUGGUAUUUAACAGAAGUGGGGCUGAAGCUGGAUCUUCCUGCCAUCUAACAGUCUGGUAAUUGAGCACCAUGACCACCCUUCACAAUGAGCCGGUAGCAGCACAAUCAGUACUGAUAUUGAUUAUCACCAGUAGUUAGACUUGAUGUGGAGUGAUAGAGUAUCCCCACAGUGUGUAGCUUCUUUGCAAAAUAGUAAUACUUUUUCAGAAUAGAUCAAUUUCUUUACGAUCUCUUCUCUCCUCUUCCUCUUCUUUACUAAAAAUGUCCUCAAAUAUGCAUUCAUUUUGGUAUAUUUCAAGUGAUAAUACAACACCAUCAGUGGACUUUAAAUGCUCAUUUUCUAAUCAUGCUAUAAAUUUCAGCCAAAUGCCAAGAAUUGGACAGAUUAGAUGUGUCUGACCUGUGCUGCAGUGCCUUUACCACAGUGCCUUUUUACAAAGAGAAUAACAUAAAGAUAAUGCAUAGUUUUUUUUUAAGACAAUAAUUUUUGUUAAUAAAUAAAUUUGACCGUGACUAUGUAUAAUGCUACUUGUAUUACCUGAUUUUUGUAGGAGCCCCUGUUUCUGGAUGAUUGAUACCACAAAAUAAAAACAUUUUAAAAAAAAGUG